AUGGUCAAGCCUAAAAAGAGGUCUCCAACGUGGUCAUAUUUCGGAACUGUUCAUGAUCAUUAUGGUAAAGAAAUUAAUCCAGAUCACUACUUUUGUGAACUUUGCUUUGAGAGAGAAUUGUCCGCUUGCUCCACUCUAGAAAAGGUAACGAGAUACAAAAGUACAACUGCAAUUUCAAAUAUGUCAACACAUCUGGCAACGGUUCACCGAAUUCAGGCUGUCAUGGAAAGUAGGAACACAUUCAACACAGCAGUCUUUGCAGGAUGUAGAAUGGGUUUCAAGGAACGUAAAUUGCAUUUGACAAACGACAUAAGUCUAUGGUUUAGCCUGGAUCUGUUACCGUUCCAAAAGGUUGAAGGUAAAGGAUUCAAAAGGUUUUUAAUUAAAAAUAAAAUUGUCAAGGACGAGCGUGAUAUCCCUAGCUGCAGGACUAUUUCUCAACACGGAUUGCCAAGGGUUUUCAAUCUUGUCAGGUCUUGUGUCAAACCUUUGAUUCGCAAGAAGAACGUCGCCCUCGCGAUGGAUUUAUGGACAGAUAGCCUCCGGCGAAUGAAGUAUUUGGGUGUUACUAUUCAUUUUAUCAAAAGUUUAGAGACUGUUCACCUCAAUCUUGGCACUGUGGCAUUCCCUGAAUCUCACACUGCGAUAAACAUUUACAAUAAGCUGAAAAAACUCUGUGAAGAGUACAAAGUCGAUAUUGAAUCUGCAUACAUUGUACGAGACUGUGGUGCAAAUGUUGUUGCAGCUUGCCGAAUAAAUAACGGAAAAUCUCAUUCAUGCAUCGGCCAUGGAAUCCAUAACCUUAUCACUGUAGAUGGAUUCAAAAAAGUUCCUGAUUUACUCAACAUUUUCACUAAAAUGAAAGAAAUACAUUCAGCUCUUCGAUUUAAAAAUGCAGAUGUAGCCGCUUACAAUGAAUCUGUAGUUCCAGCAUCACCAAAUGAUUUUCUAAAUCUAGAAGAUGAAGUUCUUGAAGAAAAUCGAGAAGAGUCGCUUCAACCGGACGAAGAUGAUAUUUUCCCGAUGAAUUUUGAUGAAAUUGGCGAUGAGAUUGAGAUAAGUUCUACAGAUUUUGUUCAUUCAAGUACAAACCCACGAUCACAGAAUUCAACUCUAAAAGUUUUUUGUCCCACCCGAUGGCAUUCUUUGCUAACAAUGACUGAUUCAAUGAUAAGGAAUCAAUCAGCGAUUAAUCAUUUACUUGGUGAGAUCGAUAGAUUCGAGCUCAUUCUUUCGAAGAAAGAUUUAAAUUUGAUGACAGCUCUUGUUAAGUUUCUUGCUGAGUUUAAGUCUUCGGUUGAUUUACUGUGUGCAGAAAAAGUUCCUACGAUCAAUAAGGCUGCUGUUUUACAUUGCCAUUUAAAGGCCAUUCUGAUGGAUCAAGUUGACAAUGAUCCUCACAUCGUUUUAUGCAAAAAAGAAAUGCUUAAACACUUUGAAUCAAGGUUCCCAAUCACAGAGCUGGUGAUUGUUGCUGCAUUACUUGAUCCAAAGUUCAAAAAUCUUGAUAUAAUCAACGAUUAUUGCUUUGAAAGUUUUAAAACAAAACAUGGUCUUAUAAAAGAGUAUUACAACUCGAUGAAUUUUGAUGAUCAGGAUGAGGAUCCAAUAACCACCGAUUGUGAAACUGAAUGUGAUGGUGUUUUAACUCAACUUGCAAAAAGAUUUUCGUCGAACCCUAGUGAAAGCUCUGCGUUUGAUCUUGAGAUUGACUCAUAUUUACGAUCAAAAGACGCUAGUGAUGUUUUGGAAUUUUGGGGACGUAGGAAAGACGCUUGGCCAAGAUUGUACAAACUUGCUACUGUUUUACUCGCUAUUCCAGCAACAAGUGUUCCUGUUGAAAGGCUUUUUUCAAUCGCUGGCCUAACCUUGAAUAAGAAAAGAUGCCAACUCAAGCCUGAGAGAUUGAGUAAAAUUUGUUUCAUUCACGAUAAUUUUGAUUUUGUAUCAAAAAAUUGCGAUAAAUUCGACUUUAACUAA